GAUUUACCUAUUUUGAAAUGAUUUAUCAUAGUUUCAUGCCCGAUCACUUCCCGUUCCCGUGGGACAUCUGUGAUAAAAACUAUCAAACGUUACCCAGGUCCCAAAUCAUCGUUUUACCGAAUGUAAUUCAAAAAGAUUCAAUGAUUAAGAUUUAUACAAACUCUCAUUUCCUAUUUUAUCCCCUUAGGGGUGGAAUUUAUCAAAAUCCUUUCUAAGGAGAUACCUAAGGAGGACCAAUGUCAUAGUAAAUUUAUGCAUGCAAAGUCUCAGCCCGAUCAAUUUAAAACUGGCAAAGUAUCAUACUUUGGGGUGAGAAUGUUCAAAAACCUUUCUAAAGGGACGUUUACGUCAUAAUAUCCAUCUGCACGCCGAAUUUCAACCCGAUCGGUGUAA